AUGGCGGCGCAAGGCCCCUUCUCGACCUCUAACUGCAAAACCUCUGUUUCCUCGAUGUGUCAGCCGGCGCCGCCACUGCCCCCGUCCCCGCCCACGGUCUCCAAGUCGCUCCUGGGGUCGAAGAUGAGCUCUCUGAACCCGCUGCCUCCCUCGGCCGGCUGCGAGGACUCGUUGCCCCUCGCUGUGUUUUAUGGGCCGCUGGACGCUAAAAACCCCCUCCUGGUCUCCUGUGAGAAGGAGAUACAGGAGUUGCUGGGCUUCAUGAAGAGAAAGAAGGCUUUGGCGACAACGGAGGAGCAGCAGCACGAGUUCCACCGGCGCUGUGCCAUCUCUUUGUUUAAUAUCUGGACCAAAUACGCACCCCGGCUGCCAGCUGCCUAUUAUAAUGAGAAGCUCCUGAAGGUUGGAGAUAGGCUUUGUGAAAUGAAAGAAUAUAAAUUGGCCCUUUUACAGUGCUAUGGAAGAUAUCUUCAGCAGUUCAGUAUCAACUUUGAUGAAAAUAAAGCAGAUAUACAUCAGUUCAAAACUGUCUAUUUUCCAGAAGGCUUUGGAGACAAAACUGCUGCACAUACAUUUCAUGCUUUAAAUGGCAAAAAUAUUUGCAGCUACCAGCUGGUCUGUGACAGUGAUAUGAAGCUGCAGAAUAAAGAAUCUGUGAUCCAGUGUCUGCAUAUCUUGUCCUCCUUAAGACUCAUCAUGCAGGUGGCGUUGCCACAGGAGCACCUUUGCUGGAUUAUCUUCAAUGGUACCAUUUACAUUUACACCAUUUGCAGAAAACUGAUGAUUAUAGGUCAGUCUUCCAAGGCCUUAGAAUAUCUCCUGUGGGCCAGUACCUGUAUGGAGUCCUCGGUCCCACUCCUGUCUGUCAGGUACCUGACUUGGAGAGCUACUCUCUACACUGCUGUGUGCCAGUGCUACUAUGACUGCCAGGCUGGACUCCACGGGGAGGCAUUUGCUCGGCGUGCUUUAGGUAAGAUUGAUGACUUAGGGCAGCUGGAACUAAUGAGUUCCUCACAACCGGAAGCAUCCCGAAAGUAUUAUAGAGAGGCCACGAUAAAGAUGGCAGUGAUGAUCUUCAAAAGAGGAGUAUUUGAAUCUAGAAGAAAAAACAAAAGUUUCUUUAGACCAAAGAUAAGAAUUAACCUAAGGGAAAUACAAACUUUGCCAUGGCCACGUACCAUCACAGAACGGUUGUUGGAUGAGAUGUUUGAUAGCACUGCAUCCCGGUUUUUGGCUGUCUUGGAAGCUCUUUCGGAUUCAAAUAGACGAACACUGCAAACUGGACCUAUUGCUACAGACGAAAUAGAAAUUCGUGAUGUUGUCUCAGAACUGUUCAUAGCAGGAAGAGAACUUUUAAUAAUGUCAAGUACUGGUGUAGGUGGAAUGCUUGGUUUUCCAACAACAUCUCUUCUGCAGCUUAUUAUAGAAAGAAAAAAUGUUAUUUCUAUGGAUACUGCUGUGAAAUUUAUAAAAUUAGCUUUUACCUAUGAGGAAUGGAGUUUAUUUGAAUCUGCAGCUGGACAGCUUAUUAAUUUUCUCCAGACACAGGAUGAUCCAGAGUCAAAGAAAGCAGAGAAGGAUUUAACUCUUCUUAUUGCAAUGGAACCUCUAAUCAAUGUAAAGAGGAACAAAGGCUUGGUCUUUCCUUUGGAAAACUACAAAGAAGGACAGUCAGCUUCUUACAUUAAAAAACUCGCUUUCAAUGAUAUUGGUAUGAAGACCACUGGAUAUUCAGAAGAUAUUUUCCAUUUAGCAGCAACCUUGUAUUCCUGUGUCUGUACCUCUUCCCAGAAUGUUCAACCUGAUAAAGAAAUCGUGGUGGACAUAAUAAUGUUCCUUUGGCAGAAAUGCAAAUCAGGACUGCAGCAGCUCAGCAUGUUCAAAAAUAGUUAUGCAAAAUUCACCCGGAUAAUCAAUAAUAACAAAUGGAUUUAUCUUCUGUGGCAGAUAAAUGAAGUAAUUCACUGCUAUGGAAUGCAAGACAUUAACAUUGUCUUGGUGGCAGAGAUCACAUUACGACUGAGUGAAAUAUUGGAGACUUUAGGAAACCCGGGUAGAAAAUUUAAGAAAUCUCUAGAGGCAUCUUUAAAUAAAGGGACUGGUGAAUUCCUUGGGACUUUGAACGAGGGCCCAAAAAUUCUUCCAAUAUUAAAGAAAAAACCCUUGGAACAGUUAUUUUUGGCUUAUGAACUUCUUGACAAAGCAAUUGGUGGAAUAAAUUAUAAUUGCAUGUUAAGUACUUUGCCAAAUGGAUUAUCAGUGUUUGAUCAUUACCAUACCAAGUACACCCAUGAUAUAGGUGGAGACAUUUCCAAACCAGUCACACCAAAUAGUUUCAUGAUGGAUUUACAUCUUGAACUAAUUCAAGCUCAGCACCAAAUAGCUGUUGUGCUUCUUGACCAGUUGCAAGCUUUGCAGACUCCAACUGUUAGCAAAAAUAUAUCUACCAACAUUCCAGAAAAGCUGAAACAAUCUGGAAGCAUUGAUUGUUUUACAGAAGUAAGUGUGAUGAAUAAAAUACGGAAGAAUAAGCUAUCCAAAGCAAUUUACUUGAUGCAGAAGGCUCUUCUAGUAUUUGGGAAAGAUGCAACCUGUACCUCUUCACACAACUUUCUGAUGGAAGCAUAUUCUCUAAUUGAAAAGAUUGAAGCAGAACAAAAUGCCCUAUAUUUGUAUCAGAAAAAUGUGGACAGUUCAAAAAGGAAGAAAAGCAGAAUCCCUCCUCCACCCAUCCUGCUAUCCCGAACUCACUGUUCUGUGACGCUGAAACCUGCUCCAUUUAUUUCAGAUGUCAAGGUGUCGUGGUACUGCAUUUUGGGCUGCAAAGCAGAAGGGAGCUAUGGAAAAGUAAGAUUAAACAAUAAUCAUCUCCCAAACUCAGGAGAGGCGAUACCAGCUGAUGGUAAAAGCAUUUUUGAAGUGAAAGGUUUAGAAACCAAUGAAAAAUAUGUCUUUGCAAUUGCUGCUUAUUCUUCUAACGGGAAGCUUGUCGGUGAUGCUGUGGGAGAGACAACUAAACCAAUUCUGGUUUAUCCACCUCUUUCUGCUGUUACUGCUCGGAUGUUCCUGACACAGGUUGCCUAUCAGAUCGGUAACUAUGAGUUGGCUAAGAAAGUUUUCUCACCAGUCUGGGAUUAUUUUGUCACAUCACCACCUCAAAAUGAUCAAUCUGUUAUUUGUUUAAACAAUAUAAUGACUAUUACACAGAGAAGAUUAUAUUCAGAUAUUUUGGCAGAGACAUCUUCAAUUCUUUUAUACUUUUUUCUCAGAAAUAUUUUUGUAAUAAGUGACAUUAAAAUUAAAGAAGAAAAUCUUUUCUGUGAUAAUAUCAAAGGCAAUCAGAUUUUUCCUUCUCAACAAAUUGCUAGACUAACAGAAUGUGAGAGAGUACUAGUGGCAUUGGAACUUAGCACCUACCUGAAUGAUUCCAGUUAUGCCCUUCAAGCUGUGACUCAAUGUUACGGCCUUCUUGCUCCUAUAAUUUAUCACAAUAUCGUUUUGGUACCUGUUGUACAGAUCUUGAUAAAGUGUAUGGUGGCUUUACAAGGACUACCAAAUCUCAUCCACUCAAAGAAACAUGUUGCGAGUUUUGAAAGCGUACAGCACAUGAUAGCUUGUUGCAUCUUCUACAUAACAAAGAUUCUGCGUUCAUGGAAGGAAUAUGACCUGGCAGUGGUUAUUAUAAAUUAUGGAAAGAGGAUGCUGGACAUCACGUCAGAGUGCAGAUCUCUGUUUGGUACUACUGAACCAGAGGAAGCACAAGACGGGGGUUGUUCUAAGAAGCCUUCCAAGAUGAAGAAGCCACAGCAGAUAUUAUCACCUGAAAAAAUAAAUGAACAACUGGCCUUGUUGGAGUCACACCUUCUCAAACUGACAAAGCAAUAUGUCACAGGUGAACUCUCAGGAGGAGAGGACCCUAUCUUUCUUUACCCUGUAGUUUUAAAUUGGUCAGUCAAAAAUGCUGUGAAAGAAGUCAUGAAAUUUAAGCAGAGACCUAGAUUCCUGGAGUUUUUUACUCAAGUUAUGCUAAAAUGUAUAAAUGAUGAAAAAUUUAACCUUGUGGUGGAGAUCACAAGUUCUGUCUGUGACUUCUUGAAAAGGAGAAAUGAGUCCCUUCUUAGAGUAAAAAGAAUGAACUAUAAGGAAAAUACUUUGUGUAAAAAGGGGACUAAACCUGUGAAGAAGUUCAAAGCUGCAUUAAUGGAGAUUAGGAGAACUUCAGAAAUACAACCAAAACGAAGGAAAAGAAAGGAAACUCUAAGAGAAUUUUUAUUCAAAAAUCCAUGUAUUUCUGAAAUGACAGAACAUGAAAGAAAUAAGAGAAGUGAUGUUAGAAAAACUGCCUAUCGAUUCCUGGUGGAUUACUUCAAUCCUCUACUAUAUAAUUACGUUAAAAGGAGGAGGUUCCAUCAAAUAUGUCUUGAAGAGAUGCCCUGGAAGGCUCAGAUGAACCUGUAUCUGGCAAACGCACACUUCAACCUGCUUUUAAUAAAGCUAGGGGAACGUAUGAAGAUGAAAUUGGGCAGUUCACAUACCAUAGUCAGUUUCCGAUCAUGUGAUCCUAAUAUGUUCUCACUAUAUAAUUCAGGAACAGUAUUACCAACAGGAAAGUUGACUCUAGAAAACUAUAAAGUGAUGCUUGAUUUUCUUCAUACAGCUAAAAAAAGAAAGGCCAAUUUACCUUCAGAUGCUGAAGAGUUUUUGAUAUUUACUGAUUCCAAAAUGAUUGAUGAAAAUGUUUCUAAGACACAAACAGUUUAUGACUCAGAAUUUCAGCCAGUUCUUAGUGCUAGAGAAAAGGAUCGAGCACAAAAUUUGGGUCUAUUGGAUCAUUUUAUGAAAAUCUUUUUAUAUUGCAGGAGAGCAAUGGUUCUUGCUCAUCGUGGCGGCUUUUGGACUCUGCUUCAGAACUGCUGUCGGAUGCUUUGGAACUUUACUCGGGAGCUACAGAUACUUCUUAAACAAGCAGUGGAUAUGUAUAAAAUAUUUCCUAUUAGUCAAGAUGGCUUCCUUUGUAUCUCUGUUUUACCAUUCUAUUUGGGGGCAGAACUACUUAUUGACAUGUUAAUAGAACUGCAAAAUACCAAUUCUAUCGAGAUUAUUGAAGAAAAGGGAGAGUUCAGUGUUCCAAGUUGCUAUGGAAAUAUUAAAAAUGAUAACGGUGGUUCUAGCCUUACUUUUGAGCAUCCUUUGGAUAAUGUAAAUGUGGUGGAUUUGAAAUGGAUCCAUGACUUUGUAUUAAAAUCUCUGGAACUUUUGUAUCAAGUAGAAAAAUGGGAAACACUAGUAUCACUUGCUAUUCAGUUCAAUAUAAUUUCACAUGAGAGAUAUACAGAGCAAGUAACACCACUUCUGGUGUAUGCACAGCGCCAGCUUCUUCUAAGAAUAGCCCAGUUCGAGGGCCCAGAUAUCACCCAGCAGCCUUGUGUAAGAUAUGAGGCUGAGUAUAAAGAGAAGAUAACCUGCCGAAAUUUUAUUGGGAAGCAACUCAAGAUUAAUCCUCCAACCAAUAAAGAGACAAUUACAGGAGACUGCACAGAUUUCUUAAGAAAGCUCGUCCUUUCAGAAUACAGCCAAGCCAAAGGGCUCCUCUGUGUGCCCGUGGACGUGACUGACACUUUGAGAUGUUUUAGAGAGACUUUGGAAAAAUCCAAAUAUCACAACAGAUCAAACCGACACAGCAGAAAGUUGCUUUCAUUAUUUCUUGCACAGACACAAGUAGACAGAGGAAUAAACAAUUCAAAAUUCAAUACUGGAAAGGUGGAAUUUUGCCUGGGGACGGAAGAGAUGCACAUGCCGACACCCCCUGACCUUUCUCAGGAACACUUCAGAGUCUUUAGUUCAGUGGAGAAAAGCAAACUUCCCUAUUCACAACUAGGACUGGUAAUGUCUUCAUAUUACAAAACUAUUGAUGUUCUCCAAGCCAGCAAUCAAAGAAGUCUUAAAGUUCAGGCACUGCAUCAGCUUGGAAGUCUUCUCAUCUUUGCAGGGAAGAAAAGGGCUGCUUUUAAAUGUUGGAGUCAAGCUCUUGAUGACAUAUUCAGAAAACAAGACGUGCUGCAGACAUGGACCGAGCUUGGCACCACGCUCACCAGUGCCACCGACAGCUGUUCGCCUCCGCGUUGCAAAGACUACAGUGAGGAGUUUCUGUCCAGAGUCGGCAUUUGGGGGUGUUUGCAAGGAGCGGUCAUAUCGGCAAAGAUAGCCCAAUUUGCUAAGGUGUCAGACGUUGAGAAGAGAUCAAACUGUUGCAUUUUGUCUGCAUUACUCUUUCAGGGCUUGCUUAGAACCACACUUCCACAUCCCAAAGCUGCACGUUGCUAUGCCCAGUAUGAAAUCACUCAGCUUCUCCCAGGCAUCGAGCUCUUCUCGGAUACAUACCGGGCUGACAUUUGCUCUGUAAUUGCCAGUCUGUAUUAUGUUAUACGAGAACUGCACUUUGCUAAGCAAAACAUAAUAAUUCUGCCUCUCCUUGCAUUGUACCAGUAUUUUGUUUCUGGAAUUUGCCAAGACUUGGUCAGAAAUCUAGAAGUAAGAAUCCUCAAGAUUGAAGUCCUUAUCGAUUUAAGAUUCUUUUCCGAAGCCUUUCAUGAAAUGUUCCAGAUUUUUUAUGGAAGAAACAUGCCUUCCUUAAUACCUGCUGGCUCUAAAUCUACUACAAGAGUGAAGGCAUUUCAAUCAUUUGAUUCAGGAAAACCUCUUACUAGCAAAGAAAAUUUACAGGCACUUGAUGAAUUAAUAAAUAAAGGCUUGCCUCAAAUUCUGCUUACAAUUGGGCAUCAACAUCUCUUAAAUAAGUUUUCUUUUGUUAAAGCAUACUUUUUAAUAAGUAUGGCUGAAACAAUAAAUUGUGUCCCAGAGACUAUGUUAAGAACAGUCUACUUUGGACAUGGUUCUGAGAGGAGCAGAGCAAACCUCUCCAGCUUGAAAGAACUAUGUUUGAAGGAUAAUGGAAGUACAUUAAGUUAUGUUAGAAAAGUGAAAGAUGAAUCCACUCUUAAUACAAUAAAGUCAGUCUUACUGACAGAAGCUGAAAACAGGCUAAACUCCCUUGUAUCAGAGACGGAGCAGUCAGGCUGUAAGAACCUCACUCGGUGUUCUGUGGGCCAGUUGGAGAUCGUGGUGGAGGCCAGGCUUCAGCUGGCUGCAGUUGCCCUGCAGAGACACCGGGCAGCAUACAGUGCUGCAAUAGUAUUUUCCACACUUAAACUUCUCCAGGAUUCAAAACUUUUUAAAAAGAAGGUAGUACAAGAUGAGACAGAGAGUUCCCUCUCUGUAACAACCUCUGGCUCUGAAAAUAAAGAUGAUAAUGAAUUUUUAGAUCCUGUUUCCUUAAAUUCUCGAGAAUAUUUCAACAUUCAUCUGUGGUUGAGGUGCUGCUUGGCAUUGGUGACUGCAUUUGUUGCACAGAUUCGGGGCAUUGGAAUCGUGAAAGAAAGUGAUAUGACAGAUUAUGUUAGCCUCAUCAAUGAAAUGUGUGUGGAGGCAAAAAGUGCAGGAGACAGGGAGCUACAGGCUGAAUUCUUGAUGCAAGCUGUAAUCAUUGGCCUACAAGAAAAGCAUUUAAAGGCAGACAUCAUAACAAACCUUCAGGCCAUAGUACAUUUGCUUGAAGGGAACGAGUUUAUUUCUCCUCGGUCUCAUUUAACCCUGGUGAGAAGCUUGCUUCUGCUGGAUGACUUAACAAAGGCAGCGAAAUUCAAGGAAACUCCCUCUUCAAAAACAGAAAAAUUAAGUUUGUUGAUUCAGUCUCACAACAUUCUUAUUGAACAGAUGCUAACUUUUGGAGAAACAAUUGAAUCUCUUUCAUCAAACACUGACUAUGCAAGUCCAUUACAGCCUUUGAAAAAUGUCUACCUUCCUCAUGUCAUGUUAUUGGCCAAAACAAAAAUGAGAAUUGGACAUACCGUGGCCAAGCAAACAUAUUAUACCAGUAAAAAGAAGGAUUCCUCAAAGUGGUUACCUGCCCUUCAACUUUUUGAAAUAGCAUUGAAGCUCUGUACGACGUCGGCAACAGAGGAACAUGAGGUGGAAGCUGAAAUCCUUUUUCAGAAAGGCAAAAUAGAAUGUCAGAUAUUGAUGGAAGAGAAAGCUCCAAAUCCUCAACUUGAGAGUUUAUGUGAAGCUAUACAACUAAGUUUGAGCCACGAUCAAAACUCAGGGUUGAUAAGAGACUCCUACCUAGAAAUUGCCCUGUUAUAUUUACAUAUUAGAAAGACAAAGAACAAACCUUCAGCACCAUCAACACCUAAGACUCCAACCAGAAGGCAUAGUUCUAUUAAAGAAUCAACACCAAGUGGAUUUGAAAUGUGCAGUUCACUGGCCUGGAUUGCGAUUAGAGCUGCUGCACAGGUCAGUAAAGCUGUGCUGGCAAUUAACCUGCUUAUCGGCAAGAAGAAUGCUAGAACUGAUCAAGUUAGUCAAACGGCAUUGCCUAACAUCCCGGAAUUUGCCACUGUGGACCUUCUGUCUUCAUACACAGAUUAUUUGCUUGAUCAUUACCAAGUUGUCUUCCAGACUAGCCAUACGUUUUUAUACCAAAGCAAUGACACGGAUGGGGACACAGAUACUACAAAAAAGACUCCGACUAAAGUGGACAUUACAUGGAUUCUUCUGCUGCGCUACUACAUCCACCUGCAGAGGAUUAAUAACAUGACCAAGCUGCUAGCAUCUCCAAAGGCCGGUUCUGGAAUUUCUUUGCCAGAUAGUACACUUCUCACAUCCCUUUUCAACUCUGGGUUGAUUUUGCGCCAAAAAGAAAUGCAUAAUUUCCUUAAGAAAUUUUUACAUCUGUAUUCUUCCUCUUGUAUUGAUGAAUUUCCAAGAGAACUAAUUCAAGGACUGGAAAAUCCACCUUUUUACGAAAAAGUCAUAUAUGAUUCAUCAACCAAGAUACCUCAUGAGAGUUCCCUGCAUUCCAUUUUAUCAUUAAAGCUCCCUGCAAGCCAAACGUCUGUAGAGCUGAUGACAUCAGAUAUAGCAAUACAAGCUGUAAACAAAGAACUUUGCUUUCAGUGGUACAUCCCUCCUCUGGAAAAACCUCCAAAGGAAACGGAACCCAUGGUUUUGCUGUUUUAUGCGUAUAACCUAAAGCCCCUGAAGAUUUCCAGUGUGAACCGCGGCACUUACACCAACACGUGCGUUGGCUCUUUCUGGGUUCCGCUGCACAGAGUUAUUGCAAUUCAUGAGAAACUAUCUAAUCUUACGCAAAUAGCUGAAAUAUCAUUGCCAGCAGUUCCUGAAGUUACUUCAGAUGACAGCGUAUCUGAAAUCAGUGAAAUGGAAGAGAAAUCAAUUGAUACAGAAAUGGAAAACAUGAUUAUGGAAUGUUGCUCUGAAAUAAUAAGUCUGUUUGUAACUGAUAAAGAGACACCACUACUAACUGCGGUUCCAUUUCAGGUCUCGCUGCAAUCCAUAUUCAAUCUUGAGAGACUUUUUGAUCUUGCUAAUGGUUGCAUCGUAUCAGAAGGAAGCCUUUUCAACUGGAUUGUAUCGAUGGUUUCCUGA